UCCAAUGCAAAUCCGGACAUUGAAUCCUAAGUUCUAACCUCGAAUAGUCCAGUAUUACAGAUCUUGUUACUUACCUUAUUUCAUUACUUCACUUUCCACCUGAGACACCCAAUUUUCCCUCUGCUACAAUGGCGAAUCCUCACCCCCAUUUCCUCAUUAUAACUUUUCCAGCACAAGGCCACAUCAAUCCAGCCCUAGAAUUAGCUAAGCGCCUCAUAGGUGUUGGUGCGGAUGUCACAUUUGCCACUACCAUCCACGCCAAGAGCCGCUUAGUAAAAAACCCAACCGUGGAUGGAUUGAGGUUUUCUACAUUCUCCGAUGGUCAGGAGGAGGGUGUGAAGCGGGGUCCUAACGACUUGCCGGUGUUCCAGCGUCUUGCCUCUGAAAAUCUGAGUGAGCUCAUCAUGGCCAGUGCUAAUGAAGGUCGCCCCAUCAGUUGUUUGAUCUACUCUAUCCUAAUUCCUGGGGCGGCGGAGCUGGCACGAAGCUUUAAUAUUCCAUCUGCAUUUCUUUGGAUUCAACCUGCCACCGUUUUGGAUAUCUACUACUAUUACUUCAAUGGCUUUGGAGAUCUCAUUAGGAGCAAGAGCAGUGACCCUUCCUUUUCCAUUGAAUUACCAGGCCUGCCUUCGCUCUCUAGGCAGGGCCUCCCGUCCUUUUUUGUUGGCUCAGAUCAAAAUCAAGAAAAUCAUGCACUUGCAGCCUUCCAAAAGCACCUAGAGAUUCUUGAACAGGAAGAAAACCCGAAAGUACUGGUAAACACCUUUGAUGCAUUAGAACCUGAGGCACUGCGAGCUGUGGAAAAGCUUAAAUUAACGGCUGUUGGACCCCUUGUUCCAUCUGGUUUCUCGGAUGGAAAAGAUGCGUCUGAUACUCCAUCGGGAGGUGAUCUUUCGGAUGGCUCAAGAGACUACAUGGAAUGGCUCAAGUCCAAGCCUGAAUCUACUGUUGUUUAUGUGUCAUUUGGAAGCAUUUCCAUGUUCUCGAUGCAACAAAUGGAGGAGAUUGCUCGCGGGUUGUUAGAAAGCGGAAGACCUUUCUUGUGGGUCAUAAGAGCAAAGGAAAAUGGAGAAGAAAAUAAAGAAGAAGACAAACUGAGCUGCCAAGAAGAGUUGGAAAAACAAGGGAUGCUAAUACAAUGGUGCUCUCAGAUGGAGGUUCUGUCACAUCCAUCACUGGGAUGUUUUGUCACACAUUGUGGGUGGAAUUCUUCCAUAGAGAGCUUAGCUUCUGGGGUGCCUAUGAUUGCAUUUCCUCAAUGGGCAGAUCAAGGGACAAACACUAAGCUGAUCAAAGAUGUGUGGAAGACAGGGGUUCGUCUGAUGGUGAAUGAAGAAGAGAUAGUAACGAGUGAUGAGUUAAAGAGGUGCUUGGAAUUGGUUAUGGGAGACGGAGAGAAGGGCCAAGAAAUGAGAAAGAAUGCCAAGAAAUGGAAAAUUUUGACCAAGGAAGCACUGAAGGAAGGUGGAUCUUCGCACAAGAAUCUCAAGAAUUUUGUGGAUGAGGUUAUACAAGGUUAUUAAUGAGUGGCGUUUGAUGUACUGAAUCAUUAGUGGCGUACGGUUUGCAAUGUAGUAUGGAAAAUAUUGCUUUUCCUAAGUGAAAAGAAUAUGAGGAAAUAUCUAACAAUGGUGAGGCAAUUAAAUCCGAAAGUCCGAAAGCACGAGUUUAAUAUCUUAAGCAUAAUUAAAAUUGAAUAUGUAGUCCAAGCUCCAUGUAUCCCAAGUUUUAGUUCUCUU